AUUCAUCUGGCCGUUGAACACUCACAAAGCCAGUCAGUUUCUAUUUGAAGUUUCUUUAUCCAGUGUACAGGAACACAUAUCCGCACAGUGAACUUUACACGUAUGUUUUACAUCUCCUUUCACUAGCUAUUCAAUGUGUUGUUGUUGUUUACAGAGGAAUAUUGCAUGUAGCAAACCAGACACACGUUUAUCUGUCCCGGUCGAUUUCGCGCCAUUGUGUCCAAGCUGGUAAAUAUAUUCCAAUAACAAUGUGAUUUGCACCGCCUUGGUGCAUGUCAUAUACGUGCGUAGCCUUCUUCCCAAUGAAUGGUUUCACUUGUGUCGAGCACAAUGGAGAAAUAUUGGAUAUGAAAAUAGAUAACGGCCGUUCACUGCAAGCAGGUUCAACCUAUAUUGACGAAGCUACUGCGUCAAAGCCAUAUAGACCUCGACAGUACAUCUACAGGAAGGAUAUCGUAGACUGAACAAUCGUAUGGCUGUCAAAGGCCUCCAUACGGGGGUGAUAUUGUUUCUAGGGCUACUCGUGACUGUUGGCAGAUCAUGUACCUACACCAGUACUGCAGACACAGGAGGAGAUCAGUCUUUAUGGAUUAUUCACAGUAUGGUGAAUGACUUAGCGGAAUGCGAAGCUACCUGUACAGCAGACACGGAGUGUCUGUCUGUGGAAUUGCUGUCCGACAAAACGUGCUUUCGUUUUCAAACUGCGACAAUGGCUACCCCCAGGACUAAUAGCAUCUACUCAGUAAAAGAUUGUUCAGCUCCAUGCACUAUGGCAAGAACCAGCAGCACCAAAGGUGGAGUGACCAACAUCCAACUGACCCUGGGUACCCUGGAGGAGUGUGGCUCGGCCUGUCUGUAUCUGUCUCAGUGUAUGGGCGUCACCUUCUCUGGGGGCACCUGCAGCAUCUACGGCGAGACCAUAUCGGCAGUGAACACAGGGGACACAAUGCACAAAGUGAAAUAUCCCUGUCCGUUUACAGGGAAGACCUGCUGUAUGGAGGACACGACGACUAUGAAGGCUAAUGCAGCUGCUGUGGCGACAUUGACGGCGUCUUUGGAGUCAUGUGAGCAGCUCUGUCUCCUCACCUCCACCUGUGUUUCUGUCUACUUCAAGAACAGCGUCUGCUAUCUAUACACUGCUUCAACAACCACUUCCGCUGAUGCCGGAAGUACAUAUUCUCUCAAGAAUUGCACCGGAACUCCGACAACUUCAGGGGAUCUAACAACACUGUGUGUCGGCAGUGGAGCUGAUGUGCCCAUUGUCACCUCACGACUUGGAACUGUUCUUUUAAUAGUGAUCGCCGCCAUAAACUGAUACAGAGAGAAGAGAACGGAGAAAUUCAUUGUUGUGAUAUAGCAAUGCUUGAUAUAUUCCGUGAAUAGUGUUUUCCACGGUUUUGACAUUUUAUACUAACGUCUUUGGGCAGCUAUUGUUUUAAUUAUUAAUAAAGGAAUACAAAUAACGAUGAAAAUAUUUAAUAAUGUAAACAUUGAGAUUAUGAAUAGAAUAUCCAUUAUUUGGUACAUAUUACUAAGAGAAAAUACAAACAUUAUGUAAACACUUUCUUUCAUUUUGAUGGUUUUUGACAUACGUUGAUAGCGAAUAUCAUGCCUUAUGCCUUUUUUGGUGUAAUCUGAGCAAUUUUCAAACUUUUUAGUUUUCUUUCGUGAUUAUCGGAAUAGGUCGAAUACGAUCAUGGUAAAUACACUUAUGAGCCUUUACAGCAGGAGAGUGAAGCACUUUGUUAGUAUGUGAUUGCGAUUAUAUUUUUCAUCGAUCAUUUAAAUCAGCUUCGUUCCGAUUAAAACUUUGCAAUUAUUUUUAAUUUUAUUUUUCAGUUUAUGUGAAAAUAAUUUGUCUUAAUCCGAAAAAGUGAUAUCAUUUCAGUUUAUCACUUCCUGCUAUAGUUGUGC